ACUCAAUGGCCAAAAAGAAGCGACCUUUGGCGGGUGCGGGUCAAAAUUGACUCUUUUGUACCUUUUAGUUUCAUAGGAGAGAGAAAAAAAAAAUGGAGGCUUCUGAUGAAGAGGACGACGACUGGUUUGGUUCUCGUUUCAACGACGGUGUAAAUGAAGAAGAAGAAGAAGAGGGUUUUGUGUUCUACGACGACGAUGUUAAAGACGAAGAGGGUUUUGCGUCUGAUUUCUAUAAGGCUGGUUCUGAUUGGUCUUGUUUAGUGGAAGAAGAAGAUGAAGAGGUCGUUGUUUCUUCUGAGAAGAAGAAGAAGAUGAAACAAUCGAACUUGUUUCAGAUUUGGGGUUUACAAGAGAGUUCUCCUGAUACAACGAAGAAGAUGAAACAAACUGACUUGUUUCAGAUUUGGGGUUUACAAAAGCCUUCUCCUUUCACUUCACCUGCUUCUACUUCAGCGAAAAAGACGAAUACUAGUCUUGGAAAGAGGCGUAGAGACUCUUUGUUUAGCAAUGACUCGCCUAGACCAUGUCCUUUUUACAAGAAACUGCCAGGAACACCGUUCACUGUGGAUGCGUUUCGAUAUGGUUGUGUUCAAGGAUGCUCUGCUUAUUUCCUUACUCAUUUUCAUGCUGAUCAUUACAUUGGUCUCUCUAAAGCUUGGUCUCAUGGUCCUAUUUACUGCUCCUCUCUCACUAGUCGUCUUCUUAGACUUAGUCUCUCUGUCAAUCCUUCGUUUAUUCAUCCAUUGGAGCUAGACGUUGAAUACAGUAUUAAUGGAAUCAAAGUCACUUUGAUUGAAGCUAAUCAUUGCCCUGGUGCUGCUCUUAUUCACUUUCGUCUCAUAGAUGGAACGUGUUAUCUGCAUACCGGAGAUUUCAGGGCUUCGAAACAGAUGCAAACUCAUCCUCUCCUCUAUAACCAACGAGUUCAUGUUCUGUAUUUGGAUACAACGUAUUGCAAUCCGAGAUACAAGUUCCCCUCUAAAGAAGAUGUCUUAAGUUAUGUUGUGAGAAUCACAAAGGAUUUCCUCAGGAAGCAACCGAAGACUCUGAUUGUGGUUGGUUCUUAUAGCAUUGGAAAAGAAUGUGUUUAUCUUGCUAUUUCCAAAGCUCUUGGGGUUAAGAUAUAUGCAAAUGCUUCAAGAAGACGGAUCCUGCAAUCAUUUGGUUGGGAUGAUAUUUCUAAGAAUCUUUGUACAGAUGGGAAAACCACAUGUCUUCAUGUUUUGCCUAUGUCAUCAUUGAAAGUUGAAAGGCUCGAUGAACACUUGAAGAACUAUAGAGAACAGUAUGGAGCAGUUUUGGCAUUUAGGCCCACAGGUUGGACUUACUCCGAGAAAAUAGGCGAACAUCUUGAUCUAAUAAAACCAACUUCAAGGGGAAAAAUCACCAUUUACGGGGUUCCAUAUAGUGAGCAUUCAAGCUUCACAGAACUUCGUGAGUUUGUUCAGUUUUUAAGGCCAGAUAAGAUUAUUCCGACAGUGAACAAUGCAAAUGCUGAAAAUCGCGAGAAAAUGCAAUCAUGUUUCAAGGAAUGGCUCAGACGCUGAGACUCCUCCAGUUUAUGAAUCCUGAUAUGUUGAUCAUUAAAGCUUUCAAGGGAUGCUUGAUGAUUCUGUAAGAUCUUGGAUAUUCUUUGAUCCAGAGGUUUAUUCUUGGUUAUUCUCUUGUAUGGAUCUAGUAUAUCAUCAUGUGGCUAAGUUCUUGUAGUUAUGAUAAGAGAACUAGAAAAGAGUCCAAAGAAACAAUAUUGUCUAUAUUCUACAUUUAGUUAUCUGUACCUAGAAGAAGGAUUAGCAUCAACAUCAAGAUGAAUUGAUCAUUUGACACGACAAGCAAUGAGUAGAGUUAAUGCAAAGAAAGAAUAAGAUAACCAAAUCGAGGGGGAUUCAGUAUCUGGAGAUGGUGAACUACUAUUAUCGUCAUUGCAAAAACUCCGAUGAUACUUCGUGAUUCCUGUUUUAGUCACAUUCAAACCAUUUAGUUGCAUCACUGGGAACUGGACCAAUCCUGUCCAAGCAAGGGUUCCUAGUCUCACAUGCAUUGGCCUAUGAGAUUACUGUUUCAAAAUCUUUUGUCCUUAUGUGUUUGGUUGUUUCAGUCAGAGAUAUCAAACCAACGGAUCCUAUGAGUUAAUA